AUGGAGGGCGACAAAACGGCCGAUUCCGCCAAAAAUGAUAUUUCGAAGAUCCCAGUCAAUGAGAUGACAUCUAAGGACUACUACUUUGACUCUUACGCCCAUUUUGGGAUACAUGAGGUUCAGCUUCCAUUAUUAGUAAUUGCCCCUUCAGGAAAUGUUAAAAGAUGAAACUAGAACUUUGACAUACAGAAAUGCCCUCAUGCACAAUAAGCAUCUUGUGAAGGAUAAAAUUGUCCUCGACGUUGGGUGCGGAACCGGGAUCCUGUGUCUUUUUGCCGCUAAAGCUGGCGCCAAACAUGUCAUCGGGGUAAGUGUAGCACAUUCCAUGUGACUUCCGUAGAUUGAGUGUUCCAACAUAAUAGAUCACGCGAAGGAAGUCAUUAAUUCAAACGGAAUGGCUCACAGUAAGUCUUAGCAAAACGGCAUUCCCUGUCAACGGCUGUAUUUGAUUUGUUAUUGUUUGUAUUCAUGUAGUCUGCCGACACAGCAUACCACAGGUCCACUGUCUUCAGUUAAAUCCAGUUGCUUUCAUUCUGAAGCCAAAUACAGGGAAUUUGAGUAUGUUUAACGUAUGACACUUGGAAAACUUCGCUCAGUUAUUAGACAUCGCUCAUAAGUUAUCAGAAGUGCCUUAGCCGUUGUUUCAGCUAAGGGCUACAUGCCUAUCAGGGCUUACUUACUUGCCUUACUAAUACUUGCUUCUCUUUAGAAAUCACGUUAAUUAAGGGCAAAGUAGAGGAAGUUUCCCUCCCCGAUGGCAUCGAGAAAGUAGAUAUUAUAAUCAGCGAAUGGAUGGGCUACUGCCUCUUCUACGAGUCCAUGUUGAAUACCGUCCUCUUCGCCCGCGACAAGUGGCUGGUAAGCCUGCUCUCAUUUCUAUCAUCGGACAGUUCUGUCUAUUUCAAUUUGAAGCUGAUGUUGCGUUUUGGCUACUUAUUAGGCUCCCGGAGGCCUGAUUAUGCCCGACCACGCGACUUUGUACAUAUGUGCGAUCGAAGACCGGCAGUACAAGGAUGAGAAGAUAAACUGUACGUUUUCGGUUUACUUUCAGACCUACCACAUUAUUUCGCCAUGUUAGUGAAUGCGCUCUUUCCACUCGUAAUACUGUACAAAAUCAAAUGACCUUUUGACUAUUCAUAUCAUCCAGACAUUAUCCUCCUAUCGAUCUUCACAGCCUAUACCUGUAUCAUAUAAGCAAAGUUCGAUUUUUCCCUUCGUUAGGCAUAGAAGGACAUGAAAGCAGGCUAAUGCCAAAAGCCAUAUGACUGAGUCGUCUCCUACUUUGUUGCCUCUUAAUCGGGCACUGUCUGGGCGCGAACCUUGUCGACUGUCUAGCUCUUAACCGUGAAGUAACUGUCCACGUCUCUCAUUCGCAUUCUGAGCCCUUUUCCACAAAACAGAAACUUUAGUUGAUUUCGCCGCCCUUUUCGAAUUGAGGGAACUGCUAACCUAGUCAGGAUUGAUUCUGCCACGCUGCCAGACGAGACUGCAUGUGUUUAUCGGACAUGAGGCGGAUCCUGCAAUGCGAAUUACGUCAAAAGAACCGGUAAUCCACUGCAAACACUCAUAAGCUAACAAGCCGGGACAAUGGAGCGAACAAACUUCCUACGGCAGAAGACUGUAACAUCUAAAUACUACAUUUCAGGACGCAGAAAGGAUGGCCGUGCGAUCUAAGGGCUGCUCCAAGUGCAGCGCAUCAAUGCGCCAACAGCGAGCCCGUGUUCGCUCCUGUGGCUCGCCGGGUCAACGGAACCGUAGGAGACGAGGUAGAUUGGGCGCGGACUUAAGCAGCAGCACCAGACCGGACUGGGCCUAUUCAACUUCCGCCUGUGCCUAUGUAGGUGGACAUUAUUCUGCGAGGACUGACAGCAGCCUCUUGGAGACUGCCAGACGCCCGCUUAAAUUUGAAAUUGAUGACAGAAUACGUCGGUGAACGCUACGUCUAUCGGUAUUUCCGAUCACAGCCGGCAGGACUGAGCCUUUUGCUUAGUGUUGGAGACCAUAACUUAGUCCUUAAUAACCAAAGAGCGGGAGUUCGAAUCUCGGAAUUUCCGUCCUGAAGUUACAUAUGGCUGGCUGCCCGACCAUGGCAAAUAAACCAGGAAUGACUUCCCGUGUCCAUUGUCUUUGAUAACACAUGUUUCCGUCCUUCCGAACCAAAAUACCAGGCGUGUUUUUUAGUUUUACGUGUUCUUAAUUUUGCCCGCUCUAUUUUCCACCAUGAAGCAACAGUCGAACAUCACAUUUCCCUACUGUUUGUGUACACGAAUUAAAUCAUGUGUAAGUGUUCUCUAAUCUUAUCCUUAGUCAGGCGGAUGUCUUCUGCUGCAGAGGCCUACUAUUAGCCAUAAUCUACGUCUUUUAUUCAUUAAAGUGUGAAAGCCGAGAGUGACUUACAUCGAUGGUUGAUAAAUCGCCCAAAACUUGACAGGUUGUUAAAUCGCCUUUUCCAUUGUGGGCGCUCCUGUCCCUUACUACUUUGUCGAUGCCGUUGGUAGGUGGAACUACUAGACGUGGAUUCCUGAAUACCGUCUGGGAGUAUUCUUUUUACUGAGAAACAAACUUUGGCUUAUGUAUUUGUCUUCCGCUUCCCUCACUUUGUGCGUUCAGGGUGGGACAACGUCUACGGUUUCGACAUGAGUUGCAUUCGAAAGGUAGCCCUUACCGAACCGCUGGUUGACGUGGUGGAUCCUAACCAGGUAGUCACCAACUGCUACCUCGUCAAGGACGUAGACAUGUACACGAUCCGGGUGGAAGAUCUCACCUUCUCAGCACCUUUUACGCUUACCUGUAAGCGCAAUGACUACAUCCAAGCCCUAGUCACCUUCUUCAACAUUGACUUCACCUGCUGUCACAAGUACGUCGGCUUCUCCACGGGUCCGGACGAGCGGCGUUACACCCACUGGAAGCAGACAGUCUUCUACUUAGACAAUGGUGAGGUUGAUUGUUUGACAGUGAAGAAAGGGGAGGAUAUCCACGGUGUCUUCAGUGUCACUCCGAACGCCAGAAACAACGCAAGUUUUUAUCUCUAGCUUAUUAUACAUUCGUGCUUGUAGCCGUUAUAUUUGACCUCUUAAUUGCCAGAGUCGCCGCAUGAACCGUGCCAGUAUUAAUAUUGCUUAGUAAGCCAAUCCAACAGCAGUAUUUAACUGACGUUGAAUGCCGAAACACCUGAAUGUUUCUUGAUUGAAAUUUUUAAAAUUCCAAAAGAACAACAUGAGAUUUUUGGCAGAAAAUGCAAGUUUCUAGUUGUAUUUAUCUUUUUGCCUCGGAGGUCCGCGCGGCCUUCCUUUUGGCAAUCUCUACUACAAAGUGGUUUCGUCGGGAAUGGGAGGGUUAGCUCAUCAUGCCAACUCAAGUUAAUUUCGGCCUCCCAGUCAAUGCUGUUGAAGUUGGUAGUUGAUGUAGAUGACGAUCGUAAUGCCGGUUAGGAAAUAACUGGCUUCGCUCCCAUGUUUGCCAUGCCGCCUGGCUGAAAUUGUUUUUGCUGGAGCGUUGUUUGUAUCCGUGUCCGUCAUCCACUUAGUCGUCAUUUUAAUACCGUUUAUGGCCUUCAUUUAGCCUUUAAACGUGGCUCGAGACACCUCGAGGGUGGAGUGCAGCUGGUUAAAUGGCACAACUAUCGAGAAGGUCUCUCUCCCUCUCUCACUCUCGCGGAACUGAUUUUACUGAGUAUUCGGAGUCCGUUUGGUUCUGUAGUUGUUAGUAAAAUCAAACAAUUCCUGUAACUUGGCUGAAUGCUUGAUCUGGACGUCCUUGUCCCUUUUUUAUUCAAGUGACAGACUCUAACGUCAUCUGACGGUUUACUAGUGUAGACAGGCGCACGAAAAAGACCUGGGAACACAUGUGCAAGAUAUAUUGGAAACAAAAAAAAAACGUCAAGACUCUGUUCGCCACUCUAGAAAAUAUAUAAAUUGCUGACCUCGAGGAAGGUUUCUUGUCGCCGGUUGUAAUAAGAGAUCUCGUCAAGCAGAACGAACUAGCAAUGAAUUGUAUCAUAGUCACGUUGUGUGCCGUAUAAAACCUCGGAAAAUACGCGCUCUAUAGAUUCUUGAUCGAGGGUCGGUGUUCGCCGGUCUACAAGCUACCUUGCGGUGAUACUGCAUGUUGAGACAUCUAUGUGAUAUGUUAAAGUUGUGACCUCGACCAAGGCUUUUAAAGUCCCCGUUCCUGUCCUUCGAGACUAACCGGGCCUCACAACCUUCCCUGACUCUCCACCCUUUCUUUUGGUGGUUUGACGUAGUUCUUUCCUCUCUCACAGCCGGCCUUCGGCGACAGUAUGCUUUACGUCGUAGCCCUCUACGCGACUCAUUUCAAUUUUUCGAUAUACACACCAAACUAAAUGUUAACUAGUUUAAAAACCACUAAACUUUAUUAUCAACCGCCUGUUUGAAGGGAGAUUCACAACAUAUUAUUAAAGUCACAAACAGGAAAUAGUCGGUCUUAUUUCCUCUUGUGCACAUUGCUGUCUAAUGUGUGCUUCUGACCUUCUUCUCCAUCUUGCAUAUUCAUUGCAGCGUGACCUGGACAUCGCAAUCAAGCUGAACUUCGAUGGCGAACUCUCCUCUAUGAAUUCCACUUUCUCUUACCGCAUGCGUUGA